GUGUAAUCUCUAUUUCUGUUCACGUGUUUCAUUUCAUUUUGAGUUUCACAUGUGAGAAUUACUUAUUUAAGCCUAUUUCAAGGUGUAUAAUAAUUUAUACACUAUAAGAGACAACAAAGGAAAGUAAAGCCUUAACAUAAUAAUCUAUGGAUAGAGAAUCUUCUCAAACCCCGUGUUCAAUAUGGACAGAAUACGUUUUAGAAUUACCUCAAUCUGAGUUGACUGUUUUAAUAUCGAAUCCAAAAGUUCGUCAUAUAGUUGAAAAAAAGUCUUGUUGUAUUGAAGUCACUCGACGUGUACUAAACCGACGAUAUUCAUCUCUUCAUUGGAUUAAAUAUUCUAUUAUACGAGUCAGUGGACCAAACAGUAAGGCUAUCCAUGAAUGUAAUCGUCUCCUUGAAAGACUUGUACCAAUUUAUCAGAAACGUAAAGCUUAUCCAAAACGUGCACCAAUUACUUAUUAUUCAUCAUCUAAAAGUCUGUUGAAUGCCGGUGGUGAUCUAGUUUAUAAUCCCUUUAGAUCGUCAUUAUCAGAUGUUCGUUCAAUUGACUUCGAUAGUCAAUCAUCGUAUAGAUCAAAACCUUCAAGAUCUUUAUCAUUAUCAUCGAUGCCAUCAUCAUCAUCAGCAACAAAAUUGUGGACUGGUAAAAAGCCUCGUAAUGACAUCAAUUCAAUCAGUAAAUAUUCAUCAUCAUUGUGGGAAAUGGAAAGGAAAAAUGAAAGUAGGAACACAAAGCCUUGUAAGAAAAGUACACUACAUACAUCAUCUCAACAUUUGAAUCAAUUGUUGCUAAAAGAGAAUUCUAAGCUAGAAAUCUCUACUGAGUAUGUUAUUAAUCUAUCUGAUGCUAUUCAGGAUAAUAAAGUUCAAUCCUCAUCGUUUUUACAGUCUUCAAAAAUAUCAUCGAAUAAGCAAGAUCAUUUAAAACAGAAGUAUACAUCUACAGUUUCUGUUAACAAGCCGACAAAAUUACCUACACAAGAGUUAAAACAUCCUAUUGAAAUGGAUUUCUCCCUACAAGUCCCGUGUACUAAACCUACACAGGCUAUAUCACGCUCACCUCUUUUAAACAAUACUCAUAAAAGCAAUAAAGUGAAGAAAACCACUUCAACGCUUCAAUAUACUACAAACACUUUAAAAAGCCAACCAUCAUCUUUACUAGUGAAUAUCAACUACCAGCAUAAUGUACCAGAAAAAGAGAUUUUCACUGCUCUUUUAUACUUAACUAAUAUCAAUGAAAUUUCAAAUGAAUUUAAAAAUACCCCUAAAAUUGUUGGAGAGUCUUUAAAUAAACAAAAAAACAAAACUUUGAAAAUUCUUCCACAGAUUGGAUGUUCCGUUGAUGUUGCCUAUCCAUUCAGUAUUGAUUAUGAGAUAAAAACCCUGACAGAAGUCAAUUGUAAUCCAGUUGGCGUGAAUUUAAAGGAUUUCACUUUCUUUUCAUUGGUCACUUUAGGAAAGCGUAUUAAUAAUCAAUUGCCUGGUGUUGUAACACUACAACAAGAUAGUACUUUAUGUGAAUCAUCUGUUUUGGAAAAUACAAUUUCAACUAUUAUAAACACAUGCCUUAAGCGUAAUGAUACUACAAGAACAUUAGGAGUUCCGGUCGAAUCGGGCGGUGGUACAUCUAAUUUAGCUUGUGAUAAUUCAAAAGUGAUGAAUACAUUCACUGAUGGGAUUAGGAAUUGGCAUAUAAAAUUACAACGGAAUACUCGAUUCGGUGUAGUAGGUUCAGUGUCUAGUUAACUAUUAACUUGCAUAAAAAGAAAAGCGGGUGUUUAGUUAUCUGUGUUAAUGUUCAUUCAGAUGGUAAUAUUUGUUUUUAAUUCUUCACUCUUUAAUCUUUGUGUAUUUCUGACACAAUCAGUUGUAUUCGAAUUGGUGUGUGUGUGCGUGCGUGCGUUUUAUUUCCCUAAAGUCGCUUGCAUUAAUGAUGUCAUUAUUGUUUAGUUUAAUU